CAUAAGUCAUAUAAUUGAUUGUCUACUAGAAUUCUCUUCCAUUCUCCAUCUCCACAGUACCAUCUUUCUACUUCUUUCUCUCACUAAAACUAUUCAACCAGCUCUAAAGGAUUUUCAUUUACAAGUCUCACUCUUAAAUUUCACCUACAAUCUGAGUUUCAAUCAUGGCUGCUUUAUUGUAUAUAGUGCUUUUCUUGGCACUCACUGGCCGUUCAAGUGCUACUUAUUGCUUAUGUAAAGAUGGGGUUGGUGAUGCUGCUCUUCAGAAGGCACUGGACUAUGCUUGUGGAGCUGGAGCUGACUGUUCACCAAUCCUUCAAAACGGUGUGUGUUACAACCCCAACACAAUUAAAGACCACUGCAACUGGGCUGUUAAUAGCUACUUUCAGAGGAAGGGUCAAACUGCUCUGAGCUGUGACUUUGCAGGAUCUGCCACUCAGAGCCAAACUGCUCCAACCACAAGUUCCACUUGUGUUUAUCCAGCAAGUGCCAGUACUUCCACCACAAACUCAAGCACCACAACUCCAAGCACAACUCCAAGCACAACUCCAAGUACAACUCCAAGCACAACUCCAACCACAGGCACAACCCCAACCACAACUCCAACCACCGGCACCACGACUCCAACCACAGGGACAACAACCCCCAGUACAACUCCCUCAUCAGUCUUUGGAAUAAGCCCAUCAAGUUCUUUUGAUAAUUCAAGCCCUGGUUUGGCUCCUCACUUCAUUGCAGCAGCAGCAACUCUUUGCUUUUCAGCAUUUUUGUUGCUAUGGGGUUGAGAAAGUGGUCAGGAGGAUUCCAUGUGUGGAUGAGUUUACCACUUGAGGAUCUGGAAUGGCUAUGGUGGGUAGGGUUGUGAUAUGAUAUGACAUUUGGGCUGUGCAGUGGCAAUUCCCAUUAGGGUGUUCUUUUCCUUCUUUGAUUUUUCUUUGCUCCCAUGUGUAAACGCUGGGGAAUUUGAUUCCCAUUUUGAGUGGUGAUGAUACAUGACUGCUACCACUGCUAGUGCACUGUUGGGGUAGAGAAGAACCUAAUCUUUCUUUUUAGAUCUUGUAUAUGUAUGAAUGAGAGCCAGAGCCCGUAUUUUUUAAUUUAAUGGAACCACUCUAUUCUAUCAUUGCUGCAAA